GUCAUUCAGCCACGAUUCCACGAAGCAUAGGAUAUUACAGUUUUUUUAUGUCCCGUUGGUAGGAUAUUUGUGAUCUUACCUCGUCUAGUUUAUUGUCCAAUGAUUGCACGUUGUUGAGUAAUAUUGACAGUAACGGCAGCUUUCCUAGUUGUCUUCUGCGGGUCCGGACGAGGCAUCCGGCUCUUCUUCCUCUGCAUCGCUUCCUUUUACGAAUAAUUGGGAUGUCUGCCCUGUGGGUUCUUUGGAGAAUAUUGUUCUUAGGAAACAGGUCUUAGGAAAACUCAGGUCUUAGGAACCCCCCCCCCAAGAGGCCCAGCAUGCCGGAGCAGAGCAACGACUACCGUGUGGUGGUGUUUGGGGCCGGCGGCGUGGGCAAGAGCUCCCUGGUCCUCCGCUUCGUCAAGGGCACCUUCCGGGACACCUACAUCCCCACUGUGGAGGACACCUACCGUCAGGUGAUCAGCUGUGACAAGAGCGUGUGCACCCUCCAGAUCACCGACACCACGGGCAGCCACCAAUUUCCCGCCAUGCAGCGCUUGUCCAUAUCCAAGGGCCACGCCUUCAUCCUGGUCUACUCUGUCACCAGCCGCCAGUCCCUGGAGGAGCUCAAGCCCAUCUACCAGCAGGUGCUUGCCAUCAAGGGUAGUGUGGACGCCAUCCCUGUCAUGCUGGUAGGCAACAAGAGUGACGAAACCCAGCGUGAGGUGGAGACCACGGAGGGUGAGGCGCAGGCUGCAGCAUGGAAGUGUGCCUUCAUGGAAACCUCUGCCAAGAUGAACUACAACGUCAAAGAGCUCUUCCAGGAGCUGCUCACCCUGGAGAAGAAGAGGAACAUGAGUCUGAGCAUCGAUGGCAAGCGCUCCGGCAAGCAGAAGCGUGCCGACAAGCUCAAGGGCAAGUGCAGCAUCAUGUAGGGAGGGAGAGUUGAUGCCUGACCCUUAGAAGGAAAGACUGGGGUUGGGGAGGGUGGUGGUGGUGGUGCAAAGUGUAGAUGUUCUUGAAGAGAGUCACUUCGAGGAAUGGAGGGAAGGUAGGGGUGGGACGGGGCUCGUCUGAGAGGGGUUAUUUUAUCCCAACAGAGGUGACCCCCCCCCCCACAAAGAGGCUAUUCAAGUUCAAAGAGAAGAGAAGAUCAAGCCUUGAUGCAAUUCUACUUUGAUGAGAAAAAUGAAAGAAUAUGGAGCCCUGACAAUUGAUAUCCUCUCAAGUUCAGGGCAUUAUUACAAACUCAGAACCCAUUUCAAUAUUCUUCACCCCACGUUCGCCCUCUUCUCCUAUAGCUGUCUCUCUCCUGCUAAUAUGAGACACCCUGCAAACAAUAAUGAGUUGUUAAGACGUCCCCAGGACAUCACAAAAUGGUCGCCUAAAGUCGUCAGGAUGUUGUGUCAAUGUCCCCUGGAGGUUUUGUCUUGUUCCCGGUUUGUUCCGAGGAUGUUUUUAGGAUGUUCUUGGGACGUUGUGCCAUAGUCCCAUGGAGACUUUGCACUUAAAAUGAAAUCUCAGCACUGUGAAACAUACACUACCGUUCAAAAGUUUAGGGUCACAUAGAAUUGUCCAUAGAAAUAAAAGCACAUUCUUUGUCCAUUAAAAUAACAUCAAAAUGAUCAGAAAUACAGUGUAAGCAUUUUUAAUGUUGUAAAUGACUAUUGUAGCUGGAAACGACAGAUUUUUUAAUGGAAUAUAUACUGCUUCAUUAAGUACACACAAAACACCAGUCUCAACGUCAACAGUGAAGAGGCUACUCUGGGAUCCUGGCCCUCUAGGCAGAGAUGCAAAGAAAAAGCCAUAUCUCAGACUGGCCAAUAAAAAGAAAAGAUUAAGAUGGACAAAAGAACACAGACACUGGACAGAGGAACUCUGCCUAGAAGGCCAGCAUCCCAGAGUUGCCUCAUCACUGUUGAUGCUGAGACAGUGUUUUGCAGGUACUAUUUAAUGAAGCUGCCAGUUGAGGACAUGUGAGGAGUCUGUUUCUCAAACUAGACGCUCUAAUGUACUUGUCCUCUUGCUCAGUUGUGCACCAGGGCCUGCCACUACUCUUUCUAUUCUGAUUCGAGACAGUUUGCGCUGUUCUGUGAAGGGAGUAGUACACAGCGCUGUACCAGAUCUUCAGUUUCUUGGCAAUUUCUUGCAUUGAAUAGCCUUCAUUUCUCAGAACAAGAAUAGACUGACAAGUUUCAGAAGAAAGUUAUUUGUUUCUGGCCAUUUGGAGCCUGUAAUCGAACCCACAAUUGCUGAUGCUCCAGAUACUUAACUAGUCUAAAGAAGGCCAGUUUAAUUGCUUCUUUAAUCAGAACUACAGUUUUCAGCUGUGCUAACAUAAUUGGAAAGGGGUUUUCUAAUGAUCAAUUAGUCUUUUAAAAUGAGUAACUUGGAUUAGCUAACACAACGUGCCAUUGGAACACAGGAGUGAUGGUUGCUGAUAAUGGGCCUCUGUACGCCUAUGUAGAUACUCCAAUCAAAAUCAGCCGUUUCCAGUUACAAUAGACAUUUACAACAUUAACAAUGUCUGUAUUUCUGAUCAAUUUGAUAUUUCUUUAAUGGACAAAACAUUUGCUUUUCUUUUAAAAACAAGGACAUUUCUAAGUGACCCCAACCUUUUGAACGGAAGUGUACACUCAUGAAAAGGAUUAUAUUUGUCAUAGUGAUUCAGGAAUAACAUUAAAACAGAAAAAUAUGCCCCACCAAAAUUAGACAACUAUUCUGAAAAUCCAAACUCAAAUUGCUGAAAUAGGUAAUUGAAAUAAAUUAGACAAUACUCAGAUUAACUCAGUGACGUCCUGGGAAUUUACAGGGACCUAAGACAAAGGUCCCCCAGAGAAUGUUCCCUUGAGACCAUCACGCAAUGUUCUUAGAAAGUUCUCAGAACGUCACAAGGAUAACGUCAAGCUGAAACACUUAAGGGACCUAAAGGAACGUCACUGAAUGUCCUCAGGAUGUCCCCUGUUUGCUGGGCAGCCACUUGACUCCUAUGAUUGGAUACGUAAUAGGGUGGAUUUGCAGGAGAAUGAGAGAGGUAUCAUGUUUAAUGUUGGAGUAAUGGAAACACGACUUUCAUCAAUUCAAAUGGACGUCCGUAAGCACAAGUUGGGCUUUCGCCUUCAGUAUCUCCAUGUCUACCCGUAACCUGGUGAAUGGAUGGGAUUUGAGAACUAGGUAUUGCAUUCAAUAAAGUUGUUAAUUGAAAGUUUAAUACAUUAUACAGUAUAUUACAGGUACAGAUUAGUCCAGAUUAGUAUUGCUAAUUAACAGUAGCAUGUGACUGUGAGUGUAGAUAAUAAAAAAAGAUGGAAAAGAUAGCUGCAAGUGGUCUCUGCAUUUUGCUGCAAGUGGUCUCUGCAUUUUGCUGCAAGUGGUCUGCAUUUUGCUGUACAUUUGAAAUGCCUUUCCUACCAGUUGACUAGACAUUUUGCAUAAUUUCAUAAUCAAAGUGAGCUUUAGCUGAACAAAGCACAACCAGAACAAAAACAACAAGCAGACAAAGCACGUUUGAAAUGUAAAUGUUUUUGAAUACAUUUAUUUAACAAAUGUCUGGACCCUCAUACCAUCAAUGUAGGUGUCUAUAUCAACGUUGAUUUUACCUUCGAUAAAAAUCUGAUGGAUUUUUUAUUUUAUUUUUUACAAUCCACUGUUAUUUAUAUAUUGUAUGCUCUGUAAAUAAUAUAUUUAUACGCUCCAAAUGCUCUUAAUGCCCCCCAUUUGAAUAUUUUUUCCAAUCCCCAAAUCACAUACUGCUGCUUUAGCAAUAUGACAUGACAACACUUUGAGGAUUUGGAGCACAGUGACAUUUGAUCUUCUGGUAAACCCUUUGAUGCUCUCUGGUUGCCUCACACAUUCUCCUGUCUUAUACAUGAACACUUUCACUUGAAUCAUGUGAAGGAACUGCUAAAUAAAGACAACUAA